UGAGAGUUUGGUUAGCCAAGCUUCCAGACGUGUCUUAUGACAUUGACGAUGUGCUGGAUGAGUGGAACACGAAGCUUCAGAAAUUGAAAAUUAAGAAAGCUGAAGCUGCAUUUAAUCCACUGAAAAAGUGGAGGUUGCUGGUGCCGGGGAGCUAGAACUGGAUUCUUCUUAUGAUAAAGUUAGACACUCAAUGAUAAAGAUUCAAGAAGAAGCCUCAUUUCCUAGCUCUAUUUAUACUAGAAAUACUUUUCUACGUAGCCUUGUUGUUGAUUGCAAUUAUGGUACUUACCCUAAGAUAGUUUUGUCCAAAUUAGUUGAUCAGUUGACAUGUCUAAGGUCAUUAUCUUUGAAUAAAUGUUCAAUUGAAGAAAUUCCUCUUGAAAUAAAUAAAUUAAUACACUUGAGGUACCUUGAUUUGAGUGAAAAUAAUAACAUAGAAAAAUUGCCUGAUACAUUGUGUGAGUUUUACAAUUUACAAAUCUUAGACAUUAGUUGGUGUGGAGCUCUCAGAAAACUACCUCAAGGGAUUGGAAACUUAAUCAACUUGAGACAUUUGUUGAAUUGGGGGAUUAACAAUAUACGUUACAUGCCAAAAAGUUUGCAGCAAUUAACUGGUCUACGAAUCUUACUCCUAUUUGUUAUUAAGUUGGAAAAUUUGAUAGAUGCAGAAAACGUCAAGGGAAUAGGAUUCAACAAUAAGGAAAACUUGCGUGAUUUGGAUGUUGACUUUGAGGGGAGUAUGAAUGAAGUGCAUGAUGAUGAAGAACUUCUUGAGUAUUUGCCUCCUUUGGGUAACUUACCAUCCCUUGAAAUUCUUUUGGUAGUUGGAAUGAAGAGUGUGAAAAGAGUGGACAAUGAGUUUUUGGGAAUAGAGAGUGAUGCCAUAUCAUCAUCUACAUCAAUUAUUGCAUUUCCCAAACUGAAAUUUCUUUCCUUCUGGAGGAUGGAAGAAUGGGAAGAGUGGAAUUAUGAUAUCACUAAUAGAGUAGGAGAUAUUUCAGUCAUGCCAUCUCUUAAGACCUUGGAAAUUUCGGGCUGCCCCAAGUUGACAUCACUGCCAAACCAUCUUCGCCAGAUGUCAACUUUGAAGAAGGAAUUUUAUAAUUGUCCUCUUCAUGACGAAUAGAGAAAACUGAUAGCUCAUUAUCAUCUUCAGCAAACCAUCAACUUCAACAAUGAUGCUGCAUAUGUGCAAAGACACCAACUCUGAAUUCUCAAACACCCAAGGUUGCCAUCUAUGUAACUUGCGGGAAUUUUAAAUCUACAUUUUCGUACAUUGAUUUCACAUGAUGGAUGCUCACUGGCAAGCAGGACGGUCCUUUCUGCAAAUAAAACAUUAAUUUCACAUUUUUGAAAUGACACGACCAUGAAUUCUCAAGCAGCUAUCGCCUUUGCUUCUCAGUGGAAAUGGAGGAAGGGAAAAUAGAAUAAUGAGACUCGGACCUUGCUAAAUGAUCUUGCUAGCCUCAAAUCAAGGUCGCUGACAAAUCAUCUUAUUAUAUGGCAACAUCAGAGAACAGGAUAAAAAAGGUCCAAUACUGUCAUCAUCUCCACCUGAUACGAACCAAGAUCUCCCAAGCUCUUCUCAACUUUGAUUCUGCAUAUGUGCAAAGAGAUGAUCUUCUGGAUUCUCUAAGAGCUACAAUUGCCAUCAAUUCACAG